AUGAUCAAAUUAUCAAAGGUUGACAAACGCAUCUAUAAACAUUUAAAUUUGUCAAAUAAAUUACAAUGUCUUCUUAUUGAAGACAAGGAUGCUGAGAAAUCUGCAGCUGCUCUUAAUGUUUAAGUUGGAGCAUUAUAGGAUCCCAGAAAUGCUGAAGGUUUGGCUCAUUUUUGUGAACAUAUGCUAUUUAUGGGAACAACCAAAUAUCCUGAUGAAUCUGAAUAUCAACAUUUUAUAUCAAAACAUUCUGGAAUGACUAAUGCUUAUACUUCGGCAACGAACACUAAUUAUUUUUUUACUGUAGCUAAUGAUUAAUUAGAGGGAGCAUUAGAUAGAUUUUGUUAAUUCUUCAAGCAUCCUCUUUUUAAAGAAUCAUGCAUUUAAAGAGAAAUGAAGGCUGUUCAUUCUGAAUUUAAUAUGAAUUUAUAAAAUGACUUUUGGAGAAAAUUUUAAGUAAGUAAAUUAUUAGCACCAUCGAAUUCUUCUUAUUCCUAAUUUAUGAUUGGAAAUUUAGAUACUCUUGGUUAGGUUGAUAGACAAUAACUUGUAGAUUUUCAUUCUCGUUAUUAUUCUAGCAAUUUAAUGAAAUUAGUCAUUUAUGGAAAACAAUCUGUUGAAUAAUUGGAACACUGGGCAACUGAUAUGUUUAAUGAUGUUCCCAAUAAAAAUUACAAUAGACCAGAUGUAGAUAUUGAAGGUUCUAAAAUCAUAUAAAAUAAAUUAAUCAAAAUAGUACCUAUAAAUGAUGAAGAUCAUUUAGAUUUAGUUUGGGUUAUAGAUUAUUUAUAACCUCAUUUUCGAAAUUGCCCAGGAAAGUAUAUUGCUCAUCUUAUUGGUCAUGAAGGAAAAGGAUCACUAUUAAGUUACCUUAUCAAAGAAAAUCUAGCAUAUGAACUUUCAUGUGGAACAUCUGAUGAAGCAUUUAAAUUCUCAGAACUUUAUGUCAGUAUCAAAUUGACAAAAAAAGGAUUAUCUAUGUAUCAACAUAUAAUUGAAUUAGUUUUCAAUUAUUUAAAUAUUAUAUAAGCAAAUGCAUAAAUUUUUAAUGAAGUUAAAUAAAUCAAAACUUUAUAAUUUGAUUAUCUGGAAAAAUAGAAUCCUUUUGAUUUUGUUGGAGCUUUAGCAUCAAGAUUACAUUCAUAUCCUGUUUAAGAUGUCUUAAGGGCUCCUUAUUUAAUGGAAGAUUUUGAUUCAAAUCUAAUCAAUAAUACUAUUAAUCAAUUAAAAAGAAAUAACCUGAAUGUAUUUCUAUAAAGCUAGUAAUUUUAAGGGAAAUUAGGAAAAUUUGAGAAAUAUUUUAAUACUGAAUAUGAAAUUUCAGAUUUAUCAUUUGGAUUAUUCUAAAAUGUAAAUCAAAUGUUUCAUCUACCUAAUUUGAAUAAAUAUCUUCCAAAUUAAACUGAUUUAUUGGCAAAUCCUAAUAAUUAAUAAUAUCCAAAAAUAAUUUAUGAUUCAACAUAAUCUACAGUUUAUUUCAAAUAAGACAAUAAAUUUAAUGUUCCAAAAAUAUUUAUAAAAAUGAGACAAUAUUUAGAUUAAAUGGGAAAAUCUGUAUAAAAUGAAGUACUUGGUAUUCUUUGGUAAAGCUUACUCACAAUGCAUUUAAGAGAAUUGUUUUAUGAGGCAGAAGUGGCUUCAUUAUCUCCAUCAGUCAGCUUAGUAACUAAUGGAAUUGAAUAUUCAUUAGCUGGAUUUAGUGAUUCAAUUAAUAAGUUUUUACCAGAUAUGUUGAAAAAGGUUUUAGACUUUAAGGUUGAAAAUUAUAAAGAUAAUUAUGAUACAUAAUUAACAAAACUUGUUUGUGAUUUAGAAAAUUUUUCUCGUUCACCUCCUUAUUAAUAAGCAAGAAAUCUAUCUAAUUUAUUAUUAAGAGAUUGUGGAUCUUUUGAUCCAGAGGAUUUAUUAAAGACUAUAAAAUUGAUAACAUUUGAAGAUUUAAUUUACUUUUAGAAUCAUUUAAUGGAUAAAUGUAGAUUUGAAUGGUUAAUAUAGGGAAAUAUCUAAGAAAAUACUGCAAUUACUAUGGUAAAAUAAUCAGAGGAAUUGUUUAGAAAAUCCCUUAUAUUACAAAAGGAAGAAGUAUUAUAAAUCAGAUCUAUUAAUAUCCCUGAAUAAAUUAUAUACAAUUAUACAAGAUAUUUAAAUUCAGAAACUGAAACAAAUUCAAGUGUGAUUUUGUAUUUCUAAUUAGAGAGUGGAACAGUGAGAAAUCAAUUGAUAGUUGAUUUACUUUCAAAUAUAAUUAAGACUCCAUUUUUUUCUCAAUUAAGAACUGUAGAAUAAUUGGGAUAUGUUGUAUUCUCUGCUUCAAGUGAUGUAAGAGGUAUAACAGGCUUCUAAUUUUUAAUUUAGAGUAGUGAGAAAUGUCCUAAAUAUCUUUAAACUAGGAUUAGGUAUUAAAUUUUAAUUGAUUAAAUUUAGAGAAUUUAUAAAGACUUUUGGUAUGGAUGAUUUGGCUAGAGAGUAAUUUGAAGAAUAUAAAUAAUCAAUAAGAGUAUCAUUACUAGAGAAAGAUUUCUCUUUAGGUAGAGAAGUAGGAAGAUUUUGGGGAGAAAUUCAAAGACAUUAGAAUCUUUUUGACAGAAGAGAAUAAGCAUUGAGUUUGCUUGAUACUAUUGACAUUGAAGAGGUUAAGCGUUACUAUAAAUAAUAUUUAAUUGAGCAUCCUCAUUAAAUUGAAAUUCAUGUAGUUUCACCAUCUCAUAGAUAAGAAUAGGAUUCAUUACCUAAUACUGGAUUAAUGAGUACUAGUGCUGAAUGGAUCAAACGUCGUGUACCACUUUAUCCAGAUAUGUAUUCAUUAUUAUGA